CGAAUUCAAAAGCGAUUUGGCAGUAGUGGAAGAACCUGAAAAGAGUGACUUUGAAAGCAUUCUAAUCCUUUUCGCCUCUUGUUUUUUCUUUCAUUUUGGCAUCACUUUCUUUCACUUUCACUUUUGAUUCUGCCUGCAAUCUUUAUUGCUCAUCUACUUUUCAAAUCUCGGUAUUACGUGCGGUCGAGGACGUGCCAGAUUUACUCAGCACUUUUCAACUCUAUCAAGAAAGUUCAAAAAUAAAAAAGAAGCAUCCCAGAUUAAUAAUGGCCGAGUACGAUUUGACGCUGCGCAUGAUUUCAUCGCUGGACCGCCAGUUGGUGUUUCCUCUGCUCGAGUUUGUCUCAAUGAAGCAGGUGUACAAGGGCGAGGACAUGUUGAAGGCCAAGUUUGAGCUGCUGUCUAAUACUAACAUGGUCGACUUUACCGGCGAGCUGUACAAGGAUAUUCAUGAUACUGAUGAACUGCCCGCCGAGUUUGCAGAGAGGCGCGCGGAGGUUAUCAAGAAGCUUGACGAGAGCGAGCAGAAGACCGUGCAUAUCCGCGAGGUCAUCGAGAACCCCGAGGUCGCUGGCGCGCUGCGCCAGGAUAAGUUGCAGAACAUGAAGCUUCUGCGCGAUAACUAUCAGUGCACGCCCGAGAUGGUUCUCGAGCUGUACAACUUUGGCCAGCUGCAGUACAGCUGCGGUAACUAUGGCGCGUCUGCCGAUAUGCUUUUCCAUUUCAGCAUCCUGUCGACAGACGCCGAGCUCACCCUGUCAGCCAUGUGGGGCAAGCUUGCUUCGGAGAUUCUGCUUGGUAACUGGGAGGUUGCCUACGAGGACAUGGGCAAGCUGCGGGACACCAUUGACAAGGCUCAUUUCAAGACUCCGACUGAGCAGCUCCAGCAGCGCUCGUGGCUGCUGCACUGGUCCCUGUUUGUCUUCUUCAACCAUCCCAAGGGCCGUGACGGUAUUGUCGACACAUUCCUGCUCCCCCAGUACAUCAGCACCAUUCAGAACGCGUGCCCCUGGAUUCUGCGUUAUCUGACUGCCGCCGUCGUCACCAACCGCAGAAGGCGCAACAUGAUGCAGGACCUGGUCAAGAUUAUCGAGCAGGUUUCGUACACCUACCGCGACCCUGUCACCGAGUUUGUCGAGGCCCUCUACGUUGACUUUGACUUUGACAGAGCUGCCUCCAAGCUCGAGCAGUGCGAGAGCGUCCUGGAGCGGGACUUCUUCCUCACCGGCGCUGUUGACGACUUUGUUGAGAACGCUCGCUUCUUUUUUGCCGAAGUGUACUGCCGCAUCCACAAGCGCAUUGAUAUGGCUGGCCUGGCCAAGAGGCUCAACAUGAAGCAGGAGGAGGGUGAGAAGUGGAUCGUCAAGCUCAUCCGUGACACUCGCAUGGACGCAAAGAUCGACUUCAAGGACAACACGGUCAUCAUGAACCCGUCCUACAACCCGAUCUACCAGCAGGUCAUCGAGCGCACCAAGGCGCUGGUCUUCCGGUCGCAGGUUCUUAACGGCGCCAUUGACAAGCGCGGCAGCUCGGCUGCCAAGAAGGAUGACCAGAAGGACGACCAGAAGCAGGAUCAGAAGCCGCGCAACAACAACAGCAACAACAACACUAAGCAACAGCAAAAGACUGGAAGGCGGCAGCCCGAGACUGCUGCCGUUGGCGGUGCCCAGUAAGCGCUCGUUUUACUAGCAGCCGCACUGUCAGUAUCAGCAAAGCCUCGCUCCAAUUUCUUCUCCUGUUUUUGUUGCCACAGGAUUAAAAAACAUUCUCGUAAAGAGUGACGGACGGUGCCUUGAACUGCCCUCAGCAUUAGCAGGUGUGCCCAAUUGCCCAUUUAUCUUCCCUUUAGCUUUUUUUAGUUUAUUACUUCUGUUGCUAGUCACAGAUCUCUUCAUUUCUUACAAAACACGACAUUGUUCGCCAU